AUGACGAUCACGUGCUUUGACUUCGAAGAGGCACGAGUCUCUCCCAAGUGCUUCGUCAGUUUUUUGGAGCAUAUGAUUGUAGAUAUGGAGAAGAAUCCUGAUAGACAGAAUAUAUUUAGAGACAGCUAUUUUGGAUUUCUUCUUCACUUUCCAUUGACUGGGUGGAGGGCACACUCCCAGAUUUUGCAUUGCCGAAUGCAAAGGCAUGUUGGUGAUCUGAAAUUCGAUGUUCAGGGCAUCAAGAUAAAAUUUACUGAGAUCGACUUUUCUCUAAUAAUGGGUCUUAAGUUUGGACCAGUUAGGAUAGAUGGUGACGGUCGUGCUGAGGCCGGAAGAAUAAUGGGAGGAAGAGGUAUUAGGGAGACCUACCUGAGAGCAGGUAGUGUUAGUAAAAAAGAACUGAAACAAGCCUAUUUGUCACUCACUGAUAAAGACGAACAUAUGGACGCGGUGAAGCUGGCUCUAAUAAUUUGCAUUGAGAAUCUAUUAGUUGGAUCUUCACAAAAGAAUAACUGUGUUGAUAUGUUUAUCGACAUGGUCGAUGACUUGGAUUAUUUUAAUAACUACCCCUGA